AUGGCACCGUCGCAUCAGAGUCCUCUCUCAGAGAUGCAAGGCUGCGCGAGACGGCGAAGGAAGGCUGGCUGGGCUAUAAACUGGGCUGCGUGUUGCCGCUCCAUUAGCAUUCUCAUCAAGUCAUCAUCCUCAUCACGAUGUCUCAACCGGUUUGCGAGCUGGAGCGCCUCGGCAUAUGCCCCUACCCACUCUACAGUCGGAAUCUUUGACCUGCUGAGGCUCGGCCAGUUUGCAAACAAGAACGACCCGGCGCCGAUGACCUGCCGGUGCCGCUCCGUACGCGCGACUAUGGGACGAAACCGGAGUGCCGUCCCGCGAAGGGUCGUUGACUUGACCGGCAUUCUAACUAUUGCCGAGAGAGAUGACCUCUCUACUUUGGUCUCUCGCAUUAUGGAUAAGAUGGGUCGGCAGAUGACCGAGAAUUUCGAUUUGGGUACCGGUGCUGUGGCUACUGCUGGUACUGAGGACGGCACCAGUGCGGUUGCCCCAAAGUGCGUCGCGGUCGAUACGUAUGUGAGCGAGUGGGCGAACCUCUUCAUUUUCAAGAUGGAAGAGAACUCUACACGGGAAAAUAGGGACCAAGGUCUCUCACAGAGCAUCCAGCUAGGUGCCGAGGUCAAGAUUACAGAGCCUGUUGGCGCUCGCACGCUCGAGAGCAAUUGCUCUUUGGGGGCCCAAAAGCAAGCUAUGCAGGAUUCCCCUUCGCAGCUCGGCGAACUCAAGAGAGAACUGCUUUUUGCUUUUCAAAAAUGGCAGACAGUCGUUCUCCAGCGUAUCAACGACCUGCAUAUCACAGAACCAAUCCAUCAUAGUCGGGGCGGUGGCCACGAAAGCUUGAAUGGUAGGGGUCGGGGCGGUCGCGGUGGUCGUGGAGGUCGGGGCGGUCGUGGCCGAGGAGGUCCGGUUGUUGUCCAGACUACUGACUGCCAAGCGUAUUCGCGCAUUCUUUUACACCAUUUGACAUCAUCUCUCCAUUUGCCCUUGCGGGCCUACCUGGAAAACGAGAGCCAGGUGGCGAGAGGCUUAGGCCUUAUGGCUGCCGAAUUCGAUCCAGAGGACGCCAUGCAAAAGUUUAUGGAGCUCAAGGCUGCCCGAAAAGCCAAGGUUGGCCCUCAGCUCGGAGAGGCUGCUGCGUCGGGUCUUCUCGGCUUUAUGUCUACCCCUGGAGUGCCCGUCGCCGGUUUGUUCGGCAUUUACUUGGCUAAAACUUCAGUCAAAUCCAUCGAGGCGUAUGCGAAGGAUGUUGUCGAUUUCGGUUUCGUUCCUCUCCACGAUGAGCAGAAGAAAGCUCUCCGAAAGCCGCAAGACGUUCGGGUAAAUGAUAGGCGUAUGCAUUUGACGUUUGUGAUGAAUGGCUGGCUUACCGAGGAAGAGGAAGUGACCGAGCCAUGGAAGUUCCUGGGGCGUCAGUCCGAGUCUUACGUGAUUCGAUGGGAGACAGCCACGCUGUUUCACCUUGGAGCGGCUCUGGAAACAGCGGUGGGAAGUGCUGCCUGGGCUGCGGCGAACAAAGAGCUCCAUACCAAGUCCGGAUUUGGCAUUCUUCAAGACAGAGACUGGCCCAUGCCCCUCAUGAAGAUAAAUAAAAUUGUUGACAACGCCUGGAAUGUCGGUAUGGUCCGGGCUGAUAAGACUGGCGUAACCCUUGCGGAUACGAUCUAUCGUAAAGUGCAGGGUGGUCGCGCUAUUAGUCUUAUUGGCCAUGGCCUCGCCGCCCGAGCGAUUUAUACCUGUCUCAUGUCCCUGGCUGAGAGACGCGCAUUCGGUAUUAUCGAUUCGGUAGUCCUCUUCGGUACCCCGGCUCCGUCAGAUAAUCACGUAUGGCUUACGUUGAAGAGCGUGGUUGCUGGAAGACUUGUCAACGUCUAUUCGGAUAAGGACUACAUGUUGGCUUUUAUGAUGCGGCUGUCGAACACCGAGUUUAGUGUAUCGGGGCUUCAACCUAUCACGAAGGUCUCUGGUGUUGAGAACUACGACGCCGGCGAGAUGACUGGGGGUCACCUGAUGUACCGAUACGCCAUGGGCAAGAUUCUACGGAAGAUUGGGUGGCAGGGUCUUGAUUCGGGCCAGCUAGUCAAGGAUGAAGCCGCGCUUGUGGAAAUGGAGAAGAAACACAGCCGCGCCUCUGGCGUUGUGAAACCUGAUUCUGGCAAGGGAAGGGCUGAGAAGGGCGAGGGCGAGGGCGAGGGCGACCGGCAGAACGGCCAACCUUCUCAGAGCCAUCGUGGUGGCAGCAUUCGUCGAGGGCGACGGGGCGGGAAUCGCCGAAACGGAGGCCCAAAAUGGGCAAGCAAGACUCUCGCCGGCGCCUCUGGCGGCUUCAGCUUCUUUGGUGGGCGGGAGACCAAGUUUCAGGAUGCUGCGGACCUCUAUAUCCAAGCGGCCAAUUCAUUCAAGAUGCAGAAACAAAUGAGGGAAGCCGGCCAGGCCUUUGAGCAAGCGGCAAGCAUUCAGAGCGAGAAACUGAACGAUCCCGACGAUGCGGCCAACACCAUGGUCGAUGCAUUCAAGGCCUACCGAACCGUUGAUGCCGAUGCGGCCAGCAGGUGUUUGGACGUUGCUGUGCAGCGAUACUGUGUCAAGGGCAAUUUCCGACGGGCCGCGACCCACAAGGAGAGCCUCGGCGAUCUCUACGAGAAUGAGUUGGGCGACAACAAGAAGGCCAUUGAGUGUUACGAAGCCGCCGCCGGCUGGUACGAGGGCGAUAAUGCCGUUGCGCUCGCGAAUAAACUAUGGCUCAAGGUUGCCGACCUUGCCGCCCUCGACGAGAACUAUCACAAGGCCAUCGAAAAUUUUGAAAAGGUUGCCAAGGCGUCUAUAAACAACAACCUCAUGAAGUACUCGGUAAAAGAUUACUUCCUCAAGGCCGGCAUCUGCCACUUGGCCACCGGCGAUCUCGUGGCCGCUCAGCGCGCCAUCAGCAGCUAUGGCGAAAUGGACCCCAGCUUCACGUCCCAGAGGGAAAAUAUGCUCCUGAACGACGUUUAUGCCGCCGUGGAGGCGGGCGAUCCGGAAGACUUUGCUGACAAGCUCUACAUGUACGACCAGGUGAGCAAGCUGGACAAGUGGAAGACGACGCUUCUGCUUAGGGUAAAGAACAAUAUUGCAAAGACGACUGAGGGUGAUGAUGAUGAAUUCGCUUAA